CAGACUUUGUUAGCAGUGUAUUCGAAUUUGUGAAAGAUCUACUCAUUGUGUACUGUAGGAACUGGAUGUUUCUCUACACCGCCAGCUCAUUUACAAUGCAGAUUGGAGAAUCCUAGGUGAUUUGUUUAAAGUACCUUAUUGGUUAUAAAAUCAGCGUUUUGGGAGGUAUGGCUGGAGAUCAGCAUACUGGAAAGGAAAUUAUGUGACCCAUAGAGGCUAGAAAAAAAGAGUUGAAAGAGUACCAGCAGCAGACAGCACCAUGUCCACCCUAACUCCUAUUUUGAGUCCUGUGGAGAUCAAACCUUACCUGACCAAGGGUGAACGUUUUAUCAAAUGGGAUGAUGAAACUGGUGUAGCUUCUCCUGUAAUCCUGCGACUGGAUCCCAAAGGCUAUUAUGCGUACUGGACAUUUCAGAGCAAGGAGAUCGAAUUUGUGGAUUUGACCAGCAUAAGGGAUACAAGAUUUGGAAAACAUGCUAAAAUACCAAAGGGUCAGAAGCUUCGAGAUGUUUUUAACAUGGACUUUCCUGAUAACAACUUUUUGGCUAAGACACUCACCAUUGUGACUGGCCCAGAUAUGGUAGACCUUACUUUCCAUAACUUUGUAUCAUACAGAGAAAAUGUAAGCAAGGAUUGGGCGACGGACAUUAUGGCAAUCGUUAGAAACCCAGUUGUAGCAAAUGGAUGUCGUUAUUACUUUUAUGAAAAAAUACAUGUGAAGCUAAAACUUCAGUUGAAUCCUGAUGGAAAGAUCCCUGUGCGGAAUAUUUUUCAGAUGUUCCCUGCAGACAGGAAGAGGGUGGAACAUGCAUUAAGUGCUUGUCAUCUAGCAAAAGGAAAAAAUGAUGCCAUUAACCCUGAAGAUUUUCCUGAAUCCGUCUUCCGAACGUUUCUCAUGCACCUUUGUCCACGGCCAGAGAUAGAUGAGAUCUUCACCUCUUACCACUCCAAGGCCAAACCCUACAUGACUAAGGAUCAUCUCACUAAGUUCAUCAACAGCAAGCAGAGAGACUCUCGCCUGAACGAGCUGCUUUUUCCGCCAGCCAAGCACGAGCAGGUGCAACUUCUUAUAGAGAAAUACGAACCUAGUGUGAUCAACGUGCAAAGAGGGCAGUUGUCUCCAGAAGGAAUGGUCUGGUUCCUCUGUGGGUUUGAGAACAGCAUUGUGUCUCUAGAUAAAUUAUUGGUAAACCAAGACAUGACCCAGCCACUCUCGCAUUACUUUAUCAACUCUUCUCACAACACCUACCUCACAGCCGGACAGUUUUCUGGGGUCUCAUCUCCUGAAAUGUACAGACAGACCCUGCUCUCUGGUUGCCGCUGUGUAGAACUGGAUUGCUGGAAGGGAAAGCCACCCGAUGAAGAGCCAAUUAUCACUCAUGGUUUCACCAUGACUACUGAGAUACUCUUUAAGGAUGUCAUUGAAGCCAUUGCUGAAUCUGCUUUCAAAACAUCACCAUAUCCCAUUAUUCUGUCCUUUGAGAACCAUGUUGACUCGGCAAAACAACAGGCAAAAAUGGCAGAUUAUUGCAGGUCCAUAUUCGGAGACAUGCUUUUAACUGAACCACUGGAGAAAUAUCCCCUGAAACCUGGUUCCCCAUUGCCGAGCCCGCAAGAAUUGCUUGGGAAAAUCUUAAUAAAAAAUAAGAAGAACCAGUCUUUUUCAUCCCCUGAGAAGAAGGCUACAGAGCAAGGCAAUGCUAAUUCAAGUGGAAAUCCAGAUGAAGGGACGGAAGAGGAUUUAGCGAAGGAGGCGGAAAAUGAGGAGGCGCCAGAAAACCUAAACGAGGAAGAUAUAAAGCAGAUGCAGUCAGAUGAGGGCACUGCAGGUUUGGAGGCUACAGCGUACGAAGAGAUGUCAAGUCUUGUCAACUACAUCCAACCGAUCAAGUUUGAUUCCUUUGAAGUAUCAACGCAAAAGAACCAAAGUUAUGUCAUCUCUUCAUUUGUGGAAACCAAAGCCUAUGAUUUACUGACAAAAUUUCCUGUCCAGUUUGUAGAAUACAAUAAGAGACAGAUGAGCCGGAUUUAUCCAAAAGGCACCAGAAUGGACUCCUCCAACUACAUGCCACAAAUGUUUUGGAAUGCUGGGUGUCAGAUGGUCGCGUUGAACUUUCAAACCAUGGAUGUGGCAAUGCAGCAUAACAUGUCAGUAUUUGAGUUCAAUGGCAGCAGUGGCUACAUUCUGAAACACGAGUUUAUGCGUCGGGCAGAUAAGCAGUUUGAUCCGUUCACCGUUGACCGGAUUGAUGUGGUUGUAGCCAACACUCUUUCAAUAUCAGUAAUAUCAGGUCAGUUUCUUUCUGACAAAAGCGUAAAGACUUACGUAGAGGUGGAGUUGUUCGGGCUGCCGGGAGAUCCAAAGCGAAGAUACAAGACAAAAUUAGCGCCAACUUCAAAUUCAAUUAAUCCAAUGUGGAAUGAAGAGCCAUUUGUGUUUGAAAAGAUUCUGAUGCCAGAACUAGCUUCUCUCCGAAUUGUGGCAUACGAGGAGGGAGGGAAGUUUAUUGGUCAUCGACUCAUUCCUAUUGAUGUUAUCAGAUCAGGUUAUCAUCACAUUUGCCUUCGCAGUGAAAGUAACAUGCCUCUCACCUUGCCUUCACUGUUUGUGUACGUUGAGGUAAAGGACUAUGUACCGGAUACAUGGGCAGACCUAACUCAUGCUCUCUCCAAUCCUACCAAAUACUUCAAUAUUAAUGAGAAGAAGUCAAUAAAAAUGAAAGACGGGUCAACCGCUUCUCAGGAGAAAUUCAACUCAAAUCAAUCCAAUGGCAGCGCUGGAUCUAGUAAAGGGUCAAAUGGACCUUCAGGCUCUUUUACAAAAGGGACACAAGAUCCCAUAAAAGAAACUGAAGAGCCACAGACUGCAGACCAAGAUGAGCUACAAAAACAGAAAAGCUUCACAAAGCUUCAGAAGAAGCAAGAGAAAGAACUGAAAGAAAUGGAACGGAAGGGGAUGAAGCGUCGGGAUGAAAUUCUGCAGAAAUAUUCAAGCGCAUUUAGCACUCUCUAUGCACAGACUAAUAAAAAAAAGUGUUCCUCAAGCAAGGACCUCAAAAAGAAGAGAUCUGUACCUGAGGAGGAUUAUGGCUCGGUAUGGGGUGCUGGAGAGAUACCUGGUAAAGGUGAUCCCAAAGUCUUAGAGAUGAAGGAGAAGCUGGAACAGGAACUUAUACAUGCUGGGGAAGAACUUUAUGAGAGUAUAUGGAAAAAGAAGGAGCAGCAUUGUAUUGAGCAAAUAGCCAAACUGAUGGAGUUGGCACAAGAAAAACAGUCAGCUGAACUGAAAGUCCUGAAAGAAACAGCCUAUGGUGACACUAAACAGAUGAAGAAGAAGUUGGAGAUGAAGAGAAUGGAAAGGCUCGAAACUAUGAGCAAUAACACAAUGGACAAACCUGCUCAGGAAAGAUUAAAAAAAGAAAUAAAUAACUCCCACAUCCAGGAAGUAGUACAGGUCCUACAAAUGGUAUCUGACAAAUGGAACAACCACCAGCAAAAACUAGAGGAAAAACAAGCAGAAGGUCUACAAAAGAUCAAAGAAAAAGGAGAGCAGACUCAAAAACAACUUCAGGAGGAAUACCAAGAGAAGCUCAAAAAACUAGCAGAUGAAGUGCUGGAACUUGUUCAUAACUGCAUGGUGGCAUUUUUUCCCACCGAGGCUAAGACUGCGAAGAAAGAGACAAAAACCUGUUCUACCGACAAAUGGGAAUUUCUCUUGGCAAAAACUGACAAUAGACAUUCCGCGGUGAAGGAAAGUCAGACUGCUUUGGAUGAAAGCAACUUGAAAAACCCAGCAAAGGACAACAAAACUGUUACUGAACCAGUUGGGGAUCCGGCAUUAGAAGCAUCUGCUACAGAUACAGAGCAGACCACAAAGACUACAAAUGAUGCAUCACAAGAUGAUGUAGUACCAUUCACGCCGUCAUCUCAAGUGGAAACCAAAGAGGAUAAAGGAAAAGAACCUUCACAAGAGUUGUCUUCACAUUAGGGCCCUUUGCUGGUUGCAGUUGAACUCAGCUGGCUUCUGGAACACUAGAUUUUGUAUUCUAUUACAUUUGUUCAGUUAAGCAACUUUGUUGCAUUUUAAAGCAUUUGAUUAAUAUUGGUGGUCUACAAAAUGUAUGACGUGAUGUAUUUAGUUUGUAUUUGUAGGUCUGCCAAAACCCAUGUCUUUAAUAAGAACUUGGACACAAAAAAUAUGUGUAGAUAAACUAAACAUUAAAUUAUUUUAGCUAUUGAGUUAUGGAUGUGACUGUUGAAACUGUAGUAAACCUUAUUAAGUUACUCUCAGUGUGUGCAAUACAGUGUUGUUAUUCAUAUUUUCUUGCUCCCUUAGGCCUAG